GCUUUGGUGCUCCUCGCCCGCCAGGAGCCCCUCGACGCAAUCUGCACAAGAGACGAUGCUUCGUUAGUGAGGUGCCUCCCUGACCAGCGCUGUGAUUCGGCUGUAUUCGAGGCACUCUUCCUUCUCGCGAGCCGUUCCAGACAAUCCUCACGCUCCCCUCCUCGAGAUCACCGACAGCACCUCGCUGCGAUCUUUCCUCCUCCGCCAUCAUGGACAGCCAGCAGCCGCAGCCGAAGCCGGCUCUCUACACGCAGCUGUCUCAAUUGUCUUCGCUUCCCCUGCGCACCGCCAGCAGCACGCCCACGACGUCGCCGGGCCUCUUCAGCCCGGUUGCCAGGCACGCCCAUCAUAUCCCGACCUCGUCCCUCUCGGAGAGCAACACGCCUGCUCCCCCGUUCGACAGCCCCUACUUGCACCCGCUGCAGACUCACCGAGUCAGAGAGACCCAUAAAGCUCUCAUCGACUCAGACGUCGUCACCGGCCGCAAAUCAAUCAAUCAAUAUGAGGUUAUCGAAGAGAUUGGUCGUGGAAUGCACGGCAAGGUGAAGCUGGCCCGCAAUCUCGGCACCAGCGAGAAUGUCGCCAUCAAAAUCAUCCCGCGCUUUUCCAAGAAACGCCGCCUUGGCAAGCUCACGGCCCUGUCCCCCCAGGACAAGACCAAAAAGGAAAUCGCCAUCCUCAAGAAGAUCAGACACCCCAAUGUCGUCGCCCUGCUUGAAGUCAUUGACGAUCCCGAGCUCAAAAAGAUUUACAUGGUGCUGGAGCACGUCGAGCUGGGCGAGAUUGUAUGGCGUAAGAAGGGACUGCCCCAUGUCUGCCUGUAUGAACGGAGACGAGCCGAGCGCGAAAUGCGCGGAGAGGCGCCCACCAUGGAAGAGCAGCUCUACGACCAGAUGCUCGAGCGACGACAGGCCAUCAAAGAGAUCAAGCGAGCCAAGAUGGCCCAAAACUACAGCGGUCCAACCGAGUUUUGGAGCGUGGAGCACGGCGCUGCCGACGACAUGAUCAACGGGAGCCCUUGGUCCCGUAUCUCCUCCAAGGACGACUUUGCUGCCACCGAGGGCUCCAUGUCCCAGCCAAUCUCCCGCCGGUCCUCUUUGGCUCCCUCCCGUUCCUAUUCCAACUCGUCCUCGCCCGGGACUUCAGGCUUCCAUCCCAGAGAAGAGGACGAAUGGCAGGAUGACCACGUCACUCCCGGCCCCUCCCAACCAGCAAUGUCCACAAGCGCACUGGACGGAUCCAUGUUUGGUUCCUACGCGAACAACGAUGAGACCAUGAGCUUCCGCGAACGGUCUCCCAGCAUGGCUGACUCCAUCAUCUCCCACAUGUCCUCCAUCGACUACAACCCUCGUGCACACGACCCCUUUGCUGACGACUUUUCGUAUGUCCCUUGCUUUACCUUUGACCAGGCACGAUCUGCUUUCCGCGAUACUGUGCUGGGCCUUGAAUAUUUGCACUACCAUGGCGUUGUUCACCGUGAUAUCAAACCUGCCAAUUUGCUGUGGAGCAAAGACCACCGCGUCAAGAUUUCCGACUUUGGUGUUUCCUAUUUCGGCCGACCCAUCCGUGAUGGUGAACCCGAUGAUUUGGUAUCCGAGUCGGAAGCCCGGGAUUUCGAUGAUGAUCUGGAACUUUCCAAGACCGUUGGCACCCCGGCCUUUUUCGCCCCGGAACUUUGCUACACUGACCCUGACGAGCCCCAGCCCAAGGUAUCUGAACAGAUCGAUGUAUGGUCCCUUGGCGUGACUCUCUACUGCCUCAUCUACGCCCGUAUCCCUUUCCUAGCAGAGGACGAGUUCCAGAUGUUCAAGAAGAUUGCCACCGAGGAAGUGUACAUUCCGCGAAAGAGAUUGAAGCCCGUGGACCCGUCAACCUCCCCAGCAGUAACAUCACUUUACAAGCGCCAGAAUACGUAUCCUUACCGCGAUGACAACGAUGUCGAAUAUGAAGAUGUGGACAACCUUUUGUACGAUUUGCUGCGCCAGAUGCUCACCAAGAAUCCAGAAAAGCGAAUUCGCCUCAAAGACAUCAAGCGGCACCCUUGGGUUCUCCAGGGACUCCCCAACCCAAGGCAAUGGCUGGAAGAAACUGACCCAGCCAAGCCCACAAGCGGGAGCAAGAUUCUCGUCAACGAGAGGGAGGUUUCUUCUGCUGUCGUGCCUCUCACCUUUCUCGAACGAGCUCGGUCUGCCGUUAAGAAGACAAUUGCAAGAGUCGUGCAUCCAUUGGUCGACCGCAGCGAAAGUCGCUCACGUCGAAGGGCCACGAGUAGUGCUGCGAGUUCCGGAGGCGAUAGCUUGCCGCGACCUGUUGCCGUCGCCGUGCCACCACUUCCUGCCACGAAUCCCCCCACUCCUUACAUCAAUAGGCGCCGCAGCCUUCACACAGGCGAUUUCAUCCCCCCUUUAGACAAGGACUUUUUGUCAAAUAUUGACCCUCGCUUUUCUGACUCUGUGACGGCCAAUGUUGGCGGGGAAACUGCAGCUUACGAUCCAAUGGCGACUGUCUUGCGUCCCCUUGAAACACCAUCUGCUAUCACUCGAGGCCGCUCUCACAGCGAACUGGAUGAGGCGGCAACGUCAGAAUUUCGCCCUUCUGCCAGUCGCGUAAAUAACCGCAACGGAGGGGGCACUAUACGGGCUAGAAAUGGCCCGCAGUUCUUGCCUCUUACUCCUCACAUUGGUGGACCUCACACAGUCCCUGCUACUCCCUUGUAUGACAGGCGUACUUCUUUCCAGCUCGAGCUGCCGAGCGCAAGAGCAGAGCUCAAUGCCCUGGGACAGAGCACUAUCCGCUCCCCUUCCGCGGACCGUAGCCUCUUCGUGAGCCACGACAAACGAGCCACGCCUCAAGUAGCUCUCAACACCGCCGUCGCCCCUGGAAGCAUUCCAAAUUUGCGAAGUACGCGGUCGAUGCGCUCCGUUGAUCUGGGGAGAAAUAGAUAUAGCUACGGACUUUCAUCCUCCCCAUUAUCCUCGUCGCCUCAUACCGUGCAUCCGUCUACAUACCAGCAGCACAGGCAUCUUCAAUCAGACCCAAACUUUCAUCACAACAGACUCCAGGAGCGCCCAACUACCGCUCACCGUGUGGCCAAUGGCAUUGACAUCAAAUCACCUUCUACACGCUCCUCCACCGUCAAAGGCCCUGGCCCCGCCUAUUCUGCCUCAUAUGUAAGCGAAGAUGGCUCAGUGGACAUGGGUUCGGAGAGUCAAUGGUCACGGAUUGCCAAUCAGGAUUGGCAAUCCGACGCUCAGUCACGCCGAGGCACUAUAGAAAUUGCCAAGACGGCGAGCACGGAUUCCAUGGAUCAUCUCGGAACGCCACUGACCAGUCCAAGCGAAGCUGCCAGUCCUGUGGUCGCUUGCCCACAAGCAACUAAUGCAUCGCAGCGAAUGCUCGUCUUUCAGUCUGAUCCGUCGCUGCCAGCCCUUCUCAGUGGCGCCAGCUCUGUUUCGGCAGAUUUAGAAGGAGAGCUAUUGCUUAGGCCGGGAACAGUAGGCCCGCAAGGCACGUUCCUAGAUACCAAGGACUCACUCACUCCUCCCGCCUUGCCAAAGGAGCCUGUCAAUGGCUUUCCCAUUGACCAAGUCUUUGAGAGCCAUAACUCCAUGGAAGGUGUUCGACUUCGGGUGAGCACUGAUGAUACACGCCCACCAGCACCAACAAGCCAUCCUCACAAAGAGGAUGAAGAGCACGAUGAUGAUAGCGAUGAGGGACUGCUGUUGAUGGCUAAGCCUAAGAAGCGACCGCCAGUUACGACCAGACAUCGGCCCUUUGAGGCCAGGCGACGCGACACGAACAUGAGCACGGCAAGUGAUGAGACUGCUAGGAGAGUCGACAUCUCUCCAAGAUCAUGACACAAGGCAUAAUUUGGGAGUUUUACUUUGGAUGGGCCAACCAGAGCGCUGUUCGAUUCUUCUUUUUUUGUAUUUCAUGUGAACAUUUUUUUGAGCGAAAUAUAUAUACAUUUAUAAUUACUGGACACAAAGAGAACUCAUACAAGCGCUACUGGCAAAGGCUGGAAUACAAACAAU